GGCGCGGGGACCUGCAGCCGCAGCUGGACAGCGCCAUGCAGGACGUCAGUGAUAAAUAUCUGCUGCUGGAGGAGACGGAGAAGCAGGCGGUGAGGAAGGCGCUGGUGGAGGAGAGGAGUCGCUUCUGCUGCUUCGUCUCCAUGCUGAAGCCCGUCGUGGAGGAGGAGAUGUCCAUGCUGGGGGAGAUCACUCACCUGCAGACUCUGACAGACGAUCUGAAGACGCUGACGAUGGACCCUCACAAGCUGCCGGCCUCCAGCGAGCAGGUAAUCGUCGACCUGAAGGGCUCCGAGUGCACCUGGUCCUACCAGACUCCGCCCUCGUCACCUAGCACCACAGUAUCAAGGAAGUCCAGCAUGUGCAGCAGCCUGAACAGCGUGAACAGCAGCGACUCUCGCUCCAGCGGCUCGCACUGCCACUCCCCCACCUCCCAUUUCCGUUACCGUGCCUCGUCCUCCUCUUCCUCCUCGGUGCUCCCGCAGCAGACGCCGGCCCGCCUCUCCUCGGUCUCCUCCCACGACUCUGGCUUCAUCUCCCAGGACGCCUUCCAGUCCAAGUCCCCGUCACCGAUGCCCCCGGAAACCUCACAGCUGUCAAACGGCUUCGACCAUCACGCUGCCCUCUGUCUGCACGGAUUGGUACUGCAGGCCCAGGACAGCCACCUCCACCCUCCAUACUUCACCUCCUCCUCCACCACCUCCCCCAUCUCCUCGCCCUCCUGUUCGUCUGCGUCUCCCGCGUGGCCGUGGUGUCGCUCGGGCUGCGGCCAGUCAGGAGAGUUCCCGCCUCUCAGCCCCUCGGGGCUCGGGAUGAUCCCGUUCUCCAGAGUUCCCUCCUGGAAGGACUGGGCCAGACCGGGUCCUUAUGACCAAUCAACGGUCAACACCCUGAAGAAGAGCAAGGACAAGAGAGAGACUACAGAUCCCAGCAGCCACCAGGGCACUGACGUUACCACACCAGGGGAGGAGCCACAGGGGGUCAAAGGAGGCCACUCUGUGACAUCGCCCAAGGAGGACAGGGAGGCGCAUGAGGAGUUGGCCCGAGCGCUGGCCCGAGGCCUCCAGCUGGAGAUCCACGGAUCCAGCAGAGACUCACUGCAGGGCUCCAGUGGCUACAGCAGCCAGACCAACACACCCUGCUGCUCGGAGGACGCCAUCCCCUCACAAG